AUCGCCCAGUUUAAUUUUCGUUAUCAUACCGAUCGAUACAUCGAAUAAUAUCCCUUCGAAUCUCCAAUAUCUCUCUCUCUCUCUCUCUCUCUCUCCCGAUUCUCGAAUGCCAUUAGCCUUGUUCCUCUAGACUCUCUCUCGCUCUUGAGGUAAAGAUCUCAUAACGAACACCACGCAUUUUCCACACUAGGUUUCACGCGCCGCCAAAAUGUCCUCUCCUACAAUCCCAAUCUCAAAUCCCCCAACCCUAUCCCAACCCCCGAUAGCAACUCCCGCUUUCCGCACUUUCCUCUCUCGCCUCUCCAUCUCCAUCCGCCAAGGCUUCUCUCAACGCCGCCCAUGGUACGAGCUUAUAGACCGAUCCUCCAUGGCCCGACCCGACUCUAUCUCCGAAGCCGCAACCCGCAUCCUAAAAAAUCUCUCUUAUUUCAAAGUCAAUUACAUAACCUUACUCGCACUUAUACUCGCUUUUUCCCUCCUUUCUCACCCCCUCUCCCUCCUCGCCCUUCUAUCACUCCUUGCCUCUUGGAUUUUCCUCUACCUCUUUCGACCGUCAGAUCAGCCUUUGGUUAUUCUCGGCCGUACAUUCUCGGAACGUGAGACGCUGGGGAUUCUUGUUGUUUUGACGAUUGUUGUUAUUUUCUUGACAAGCGUAGGAUCGCUCUUGAUCUCCGCUUUGAUGGUUGGGUUUGCUCUUGUUUGUGCUCAUGGCGCGUUUAGGGUUCCUGAUGAUUUGUUUCUUGAUGACCAGGAACCUGCUAGUGCUGGUUUCUUGUCUUUCCUUGGCGGCGGCGCCUCUUCCGCCGCUGUUGCGGCUGCUCCUGCUGUUGUCGCUCGUGUUUGAUGGUGAUUGAACACGGUUUGGUUUCUGUUUUAGAUUAGUGGUGAAAAGAUUCAAUGGUAGAACAAUUGCAAAAGAUUUUAUUAGGGUUUUGUAGAUCGGAAUGAAUUGGAAAUUUGAUGCAUCAUUAGAUCUUUCAAGUAAUUGAUCUUGUAAUGAUGAAUUUGAUAGUUUCAAGCUUUUUGUUUCUAAUUUUAAA